UGCCAGGAGCCGGGGCGCGCGGUCGCCGUCCGUCCGUCCGUCCGCCCGCCCGCCCGCCCUGGGGGGGCCAUGGAGGGGGCGGGGGCGGCUCCGGGGGGGGCGCCGCCGCGGGGGGGGGGGCAGCUGCGCUGCCGCAACCUGCAGGAGUUCCUGCGGGGGCUGAGCCCCCCCGUGCUCGACCGGCUCUACGCCCACCCAGCGCCCUGCCUGGCCGUCUUCCGGGAGCUGCCGGCGCUGGCGCGCGCCGUGGUGCUGCGGAUGCUCUUCCUGGAGCAGCCCCUGCCCCAGGCCGCCGUGGGGCUGUGGGUCAAGAAGGAGCACAGCAGGGAGCAGGCGGCGAGCGCCGGGGCGCUGCUGGCGCUGGGGCUGUGGCGCCCGCAGGUGCUGCCCGGGGGGCUGCCGGGGCUGGGGCUGCACCCGGCCUUCCGGCAGGCGCUGCGGGUCGCCCUGCUCGGCGGGGGCAGGGCCUGGUGGGACGGCGGGGGGCAGCUGGGCCCCGACCGGCACGCGCGCGACGUGUCCGCGCUCGACAAGUACGCCGAGGAGCGCUGGGAGGUCAUCCUGCACUUCAUGGUCGGCUCCCCCAGCGCCGCCGUCAGCCAGGACCUGGCCCAGCUCCUCGUCCAGGCCGGGCUCAUGAAGAGCGAGGGGGGGGAGCCGCCCUGCAUCACCUCGGCCGGGUUCCAGUUCCUGCUGCUCGACACCCCCGCGCAGCUCUGGUACUUCGUGCUGCAGUACCUGCGCGGCGCCGAGGCGCGGGGGCUCGACCUGGUGGAGAUCUUGGCCUUCCUCUUCCAGCUCAGCUUCUCCACCCUGGGCAAGGACUACUCGGUCGAGGGCAUGAGCGAGUCGCUGCUCACGUUCCUGCAGCACCUGCGCGAGUUCGGCCUCGUCUUCCAGAGGAAGCGCAAGUCCCGCCGCUUCUACCCGACGCGCCUGGCCAUCGCGCUGGCGGCGGGGACGGCGGGGACGGCGGGGACGGCGGGGACGGCGGGGACGGCGCCCGAGCCCGGCGCGCGCGGCUUCCUCCUCGUCGAGACCAACUACCGCAUCUACGCCUACACAGACUCGGAGCUGCAGAUCGCCCUCAUCGCCCUCUUCUCGGAGCUGCUCUACCGCUUCCCCAACCUGGUGGUGGCCCAGGUGACGCGGGACAGCGUCCAGGCCGCCAUCGCCAACGGCAUCACCGCCGACCAGAUCAUCCACUUCCUCCGCACCCGGGCCCACCCCAUCAUGGCCAAGCAGAGCCCCGUGCUGCCCCCCACCAUCACGGACCAGAUCCGCCUCUGGGAGCUGGAGCGCGACCGGCUCCGCUUCUCCGAGGGGGUGCUGUACAACCAGUUCCUGUCGCAGGUGGACUUCGAGGUGCUGCGGGACCACGCGCGGGCGCUGGGCGUGCUGGUCUUCGAGAACCCGGGCAGGCGGCUCAUGGUGGUGACGCCCGGCGGGCACCCCGACGUCAAGCGCUUCUGGAAGCGGCAGAAGCACAGCGCCUAGCGCCGGCCUGCCUCCCCCUCCCCGCCCUCCUCCUCCUCCUCCUCCUCUGCCGCCGCCCCGGCUGCCCCCAUCCCCGCGCGCCCGGGUGCC